AUGAAUGGCGUAAAGGAUUUUCCACGAUCAAACCCAUCCAUUCGAUCAUACACUCUAGAGAAAUAUCAGAUGCUUCGUUUUGAAGUCACUUCACCAUCUGGUUUAACUUUAGUUUCUGGUGCUGCUGAAGUUUUUGGUACUGAACUCGUUUGUGGUUGGGAGUUACAGUUAUAUCCAGGUCAACGAGGAACAGUCGUUACGUUCCAUGGUUGCAAACUGAUUGUUCAAGACCAGGGAGUUGCAGCCUAUAUAAUUGCCUCAUCGGAAGAUCAAGAAAUUGUGCACGUAUAUAUGAAUAUUCAUGCUAACCUAGAAGUUUCACGACAAAAAGCUGUAAAGGAGCAAAGUAGAGGGCCACGCGUAUUAGUAUGUGGUCAAGAAAGUGUUGGGAAGUCUACACUUUGUCGCACUUUGGCAAGUUAUGCAGCUCGUAGGAAACACAAACCAAUACUUGUAGAUGUUAACGUCGGACUCAACCAGGUGUGUAUACCAACAACUAUUGCUGCAAUAAGUGUUACCAAACCAUAUGAUUUGAUGGAAGGGUGGAGUCUAGAGGAAGAUCCACUAGUAUUUUGUUUCGGUCACACUGAUCCUGCGAGUAACUUAAAUCUUUUUCGAGAACAAGUGAAUCGAUUGGCCGAACUUAUCAAUAUUCGUUCUGAGAAUGAUAUGAGUAUAUUCACCAGUGGUUGUAUAAUCAAUAUGAGUGGAUUUCGUAAAGAUGAUUCAGAUGGUGGGUCAAGUAAAGAAAAGGGUAUCCAAGCCAUACGAACGACUGCUGCAGCUUUCGAAGUUGACACAUUAUUGGUCAUAGAAGAUGGAUUUCUAGCUUCGUUCCUGCGUGAAGAUCUUCCUCCCGAGGUGACUAUAGUAAGAUUGCCCAAAUCGUCAGGUGCUAUAACUAGAAGUCCAGAUCAGUGGACACGUCAGCGAGAUGCUCGAGUCUGCGCCUAUUUACAUGGCGAAAACCCCUUGAGACGUCUACAUCCACAUCAAAUAACGCUUAAAUCUUCUGAGUAUUCAAUUUACAAAGUUGGAAGUGAGGCCAUUCCCGAUGCACUACUCCCACAUGGAGCACAAGAAGAGGAGACAUGGCGUAAUCCCAUCCAGGUUUCAGUUAGUCGAGAUUUGAAGAAUCGUCUGUUGGCAGUUUCUCAAGCUUCAGAACCUUAUCAAGUUCCAGAAGCUCCUGUUUAUGGAUUUAUCGUAGUUGUUAAUGUUUCCGAGGACAAGUCCGCAUUCACCAUACUCAGCCCAAGUCCACAUCCUCCUCCAAAUAAUCUAUUUUUAUUAACCAGUAUUUGUUACGUUGAUCCUGAAUCACUGUAA